UCUCAGUCUCUAAAUUUAUUCAUUUCAUAUAAUUUUAUUUUCAAUUGUCUAAAAAAUAAAAAUAAAUUGUCCUUAACUGAUUACAAUAGCUAAAAAUAAAUUAUUUGAACUUGAAUCACGAGUUGAGGGAUCGGAUUGACCAUUUGGUCAUUAAGUAGGAGAAUUAUGCAAAACAAUAGAUGAGGAGAAUUGUUAAGUAGAGACGAUAAGCUUACGUGUGGCUGGGGCGUAGGAGCUGACCAAUUAUCAUUACCACUUGGCUUUCACUAACACUUCUUCAUCUUCUCUUGUUUCUGUACUUACUCAGGGACGAUGGUGGCAUUGGCAGUAACCGCCGCCUCUGUGAUUUCCGGCAAUUCAAACAUGAUAAUAAUCCACGCGGCAGCACCUGAUUCACCGCGCAAAUUGGCAAUGCAUCAGAGAAGGCGGUUUCAGGUGUUAGGCGCAACUCGUGAUGGUUCUUCUUCUUCGGAAGAAGAAAGCGUCCCGUCUUGGGCUAAACCGGGCUCCGAUGAGCCUCCUCCCUGGGCUCGCUCUGAACCCGACCCUAACUCCACCAAUAACCCGACCCUCCAGCUCCCUUAUGGUGUUUAUUUACUCGCCUCGGCCAUCACUGCAAUUGCAGCAAUUGGGUCGAUUUUUGAAUAUACAAAUCAGAAUCCAGUUUUUGGAAUUUUAAAGUCUGACAGCAUAUUUUAUGCUCCACUGCUUGGAUUCUUUGUUUUUACUGGGAUUCCUACUUCUGCAUUUUUGUGGUUUAAAUCUGUUCAAGUUGCUAACAAAGAAGCUGAGGAGCAAGACCGUAGAGAUGGGUAUCUCUAAACUCAUCAAUUUUGCUUACAUUCUCAUGCAGCCAUGUGAAUUUUUCGUCUUCGAAAAUAUCUGUACUUGUGAAUAUUUGUUUGCUAUAUUCCACAGUAUUAUGUCUUGUUGCCUGUUAUCUUCAAUUACGGAGAGGUUCUACUUCAUUUUUCUGUAAUGUUAUCCAAAUUAAUUAUCUAAUCCAAGCUCAUAAACAUGUUUAAGUUUCA